AUGUCAUCAGGAUAUGAUGAUUGGAAACACGCUGCAAGAGACUUAGCUCGCCAUGAAACAAGUGAAACCCACAUUAAAUCAAUUGAAACCCUUUUAACACGUAGGAAAGCAGGAGAGCACAUUAGUAAGAGGCUCACAGAGCAAUUUGAAUCAGAGAAAAAGUACUGGAAUGACAUAUUGUUGCGUAUUCUUUCCGUAAUCAAAAUGUUAGCAUCGCGUGGGUUGUCAUUCCGUGGCAGUAACGAAAUUGUGGGUUCUGUCUACAAUGGCAAUUAUUUAGGUUGCGUAGUGCUCGUGGCUGAUCGUGACGUUUUGGACCACAUUUUAACUAAAAUUAAAGAAGCAAAAUACUUUGCAGUUAGUGUUGACUCAACGCCAGAUAUUUCACAUGUAGAUCAGCUUACCAUUAUAUUCCGUUACAUGACUUCUAAAGGACCAGUUGAACGUUUUGUGACAUUUAUCCCUAUAGAAGAGCACACUGGGGAAGGAUUAGCAACAAAGUUACUUGAUUUUAUGGAAAAUACUGGCAUUUCAAUUAAAGACUGCCGAGGUCAAUCCUACGAUAAUGCUGCCAACAUGAGUGGCCGUUUCAAUGGCAUGCAAGCAAAAAUAAAAGAACAUAAUAACUUAGCUGAAUACAUACCAUGUUGUGCUCAUUCGCUUAACCUUGAUAUCAUGUGUCAAGAUAUGUCUCAAAAGCCAGAAACACAAUUUGAAGACGCAGGAUUAAAAGAUAUAAUGAGUCAUCAUGAAACAGGUAUCCUAGCUCAAUUGUGGUCAAAAAUUCUGAAGAGGUUCAAUUUAACUAGCAAGUACUUACAAGGGACAGACAUGGAUCUCAACACCGCUACGGAACUGCUUCGUUCUUUGGGUGAUUUUGUUCAUUCUCCUCGGAGCCAGUUCACAGCAUUUGAAAUGGGAUUAUGGUGA